AAUCUUUUCUGCCAAGUUAUGACCCAAAUAAUUCUCAUUAAAAUUGUAUCUCUUAUGAAUAUAACUGUAGCUAAAAUGUUGAUUGACAUCGAUAACAAACCUUUGUCAAAUAUUUUGUCUUUUUUUGUCGCACGUCUCACCCAUUUUACAACUAUAGUUUAACCCGAGCGGUCUAAACAAUUCGCGGGAAACACUCGGCGGAACAGCUGUUAAUGCAGCCGUUAGCUGAAUUAAUAUCUCGGGGUUUUUUUGUUGAUACUCGUUUUAUUUCAUUGUGAAAAUGAGUCGGAUGACAAGACUGCUGAAAGGUGUUCAGAAGGAACUCAAGAACAGGAGUCAGAAACCUGCCGAGGAUCCUGUACAGUCUCCAGAAAGUCUGGAUGUGUCUUUAAUAGAGAAAGCCAGUUUCCUUCAAGGAGAACAAUAUUCUUCUCAUGGUAAUCCCUUGCACAGCACUGCUUUAGAAGAUGAAUUAACCACUGAAACAGACAGUCAUCCAAAGGGCACUGCAAGGAGAAAGGCAGGUGAAGAAAGGGUGCAGGAGAAAGCCCAGGACAUCGCAGAGACUCCAAAGAGACUUGUACGUGUUGAAAAAGAUAAGGCCAAAACAAAACAGAAAGGUGAUGUCCAAGCACAAAGGAAGAGCUCAAAAUCCAUGAAGAAUCAAAGGCCAACACAGAAGACACAGCAAGGAACAAACUCCCAAACACGGCGUUUGCAGACCAUCUCGGAGAACAGAGACGAAGAAGGCAGGAGAAUGGCCCAGUCUGAAGUCUUUGAGAAUUCAACGAGUGAGGGUUCAGCAGGAGAUGUGUUACCUGAGGCAGCCACCGCCAAUAGCCAGCGCCGACCCUCAUUGUCAUCAGAGGAGCUGACUGAUGAAGAUGAGAGUUUUCAUCCAAGCAGCGAGAAAUCCAAACCAUUCAGAGUGAGACUGCAGAGGAGACUGAGGUCAUCUUCCGGUCACCAGCAGAGAGGUCAGAAACAGAAGAGAAAGUGUUCAUCUGGAUCCUCAGACAAUGGAAACCAGCGUAAGAGGCAGAAACAUGAAACUGUGAAAAAUCCAAUUGAUCUUGAUGUUGUUCUUGAAGCAUUCCAGGAAUUUGUCACCCAUUAUAAGGAGACCGUGAACUCUGAUUCUGUUAAACAAGCCAUAGACGCAUUCUCUCACUUGUUUGAGGAGCAGCUCACAGAGAUGAUCACAGCAACAAAGGAGUUUAAUGAUGUGAAGCGGAAAGCUGCAAAGAUUAAUAGUGCCCUGAACCACAAGAAGAUUAGGCUCUUGGAGGCCAAGAAUGAACUAAUUAAAAGUGAAGCUGAUGUGAGGAAGCUUCAGAAGGAGCAUGAUGAGCUGGAACAGAGGCUCAAGGCCUUGAUACAGGGCACCACCUUCCUCACAAACCUGAAAGAGCUGAACCAGAGAUAUCUGAAGUACCGCGUUGCUCACCCUGACGAGCCAGAAACGUAUGACCCUUCCUGCAUGCCAGCAAUGCUACUGGAGGCCAGGAGCAUCAUGGGAACUGAAAACCAGUUGAAGACCAUCAAUGACAAGCUGCAGCAGAUUGCUGGUCUGUGUCCGGUGACCAUCAGCUGAGUUGAGACAGUAAAGAAUCCCAGUGACAUUAAAUGAUUCAACUUGUUUACCAAUGUUAAAGGGGAAUUCCACCAA